AUGCCAGCACCACAGCUCAAAAACUUCCAGGAUGCAACGCAGGAUGCCGUGGGUAUGACACGGAAUCUCGCGACGGACGGAUACUCGUGCUCGGCCGUGGACAAGACGGUCACCAUCAUUUCAGCUGAACGCUCGGGACUGGAUGAGAACGGCCAAUUGGUGCGAGAAGCUGCUUACGUGGACGAUUCCCAGGAGAAGGCGCGGUUGACCAUGAUCACAUCCGGCAGUCCCACGGCGGCUACACCGAUACGCAAGGCGCUCAACUCCCGCCUGGUUCUGCGCAUGCGGGUCACCGACAAGAUGGACAACACACUCGGCAAUAUGCAUGGAGGAUGUGCUGCAACGCUUGUCGACAACAUCACCAGCAUGCCCGUCUUUUACCACACUUCGGGCGAAUAUGGACAACCGUGGUCGUUCCUUGGCGUCUCGCAAAACAUCACGGUGCUCUAUCUUAACGCCUGUCCGCUCGGAUCCGUGCUUGAGAUGGAGGUCUACACAGAGCAGAUCGGCAAGAACAUCGCGGUGAUCAAGGCCGAGUUCUGGAUCGUCCAACGAGACGACGGCACAGAGGACGAUGGAGAGGGACCCGUUCACUCGGGCAAGUGGAAACGCGUCACAAAGACCGUCAUUGGAUCACAUACAAAGGUGGACAACUCGGCGAAGGUCAAGCUCUAG